AUGUCUAUAACUCGUCAUGUUGAAUGGAUUCAAGUUGCCGGAAAAUGGACAAAAAUGUCAAUUAUGGGUAAAAAUUUAUCGGAAGAGAAUCUGAGAUUACCAAAUAAAAAAUCGGAUGAUAAUCGAAUUGUUAUUUUAAUGAUACCAGGAAAUCCUGGAAAUGAAGCAUUUUAUGCACAUUUUGGUAGAGAAGUUUUGAAGAAUUUGGAAGAGAAAAACAAUGAAAAUCAAUAUUUAUUCUACACUGUAAGUAGUAUAAAUCAUGUCAAAAUGCCAAAUUAUUUGAAUGGAACUUAUGGACAUUACAGCAAUGGUAAAAAUUUACUGAUUGAAAUCAUUUCAUUUUUUUUUUGUUAAUUCACAUAACGAAAAAUUAUUCAGAUCGAUUUUCAUUAGAAGAUCAAGUUACACACAAACUCGAUUUUGUUCGUGAACAUUUGCCACGUGGAAAAGAAGUGUAUAUUUUUGGGCAUAGUAUUGGAUCAUAUAUGAUGUUGAGAAUAUUACCAAAUGUUCUUCAUGAAGGGUUUAAUGUGAAAAAAGCUGUGGCACUUUUUCCAACAAUUCAACAUAUGGCAGCGUCGCCAAAUGGAAAAAGAUUGCAAACUAUUUUAUCGGUACGUUCUUUUUAAACUACAGUAAUAUAUUGGGAAAACUAUAUUUAUCCCGGAAGAGCAGAAAUUUCCUGUAUUUUUAACCAGAAAAUCAGAAAAACUUUCGAAGGAUCUCAAUUCUGAAUGGAAACUUGAUAUUGACCGGAAAAUGUUUUUUUCUCAAAAAGAUAUUUCCAAAAAAAAAGUUUUUCUUUACUGAUUAAAAUUUUUUCGAACUAUGAACAUUUUAUAUUUGAUUUUUUAAAGAAUUUUAUGCGGAAUUCUGUUUCCUACUACCAAAUCAAAUAUAUUUUCAGACUUUGAAUACCCAUGAUUGGUUUACAAAAGGUGCCACAUUUUGGAUUGAUUAUCUCCCAAUUUGCAUCAAAAAAUGGUUGAUUUCUUUCAAUUUGAGAAAUGAAAAUGUAAGAUUUGCAUUUAUUUUUUUCUUAACAAAAUCCAAAUUUUAUUGUUCAGAUACCUGCUGAAAUUCACGAUGCUACAGUUGAAAUUCUACACAAAGAUGUUUUUCGAAACAUAGUUCAUAUGUCAAAUGAUGAACUUGAUUUUGUCGUUGAACUUGAUCAUAAAUUACUCGAAAAUCGUGAUCUUGUUCAUUUUUAUUAUGGGAAAAAAGAUGGAUGGUGUCCAGUUGAGCACGGUAUGUUGUUCAAAAUAAUUCAACAACAAAAAACCAUAAAUUUUAGGGUUGUCAAUGUUGGAACUUCUUGGAGAAAAUCAAGUGACAAUUGAUGAAGAUGAUUGUGAACAUGCAUUUGUUAUAAGUGAAGGAGAUAUUAUGGCUAGAAAUGUUAUCAAAUAUUUCGAUUGA